CCUUUGGAUUUUCUCAUACCAGUCAUACGCACAGGGUUUUUUUAAGUAGAAUUGCCUGCUUCUACAAAAUUGAAGCUGCUUUGAAAAAGCUGGGCGUAUACUGAAUUAACGCUGCAACUUGAAAUUUGCACUCAAACGGCAGCUUGUUUUCGCAUUCCCGUCAUUAUCUAGUAUGUUGAAUUUUACUACUUAGUUAUUUUAUUUGCAAGUAAGUUUAAACUGUCUGUAGAUAAGCACGCAAACAUUCAAAAUUAAACAUGCGAACGAAUACAGUUCUUGUUCAGUAAGUACAGUACCGUUACUAGCACAUUUGUGUAUCGGACUGGCACUUUACACAGUCUGGAUCAUAUGCAAUAGGCAGUGCUGUAAAUUACUAAAUGUGAGAGAAGCUCAGAAGCACAAACUGUGACAAACAGUUUUGCUGCACAUUUUAAUUUGUAUAAUAAUUAUGAUCUGAGAUUUUACGAUUUCCUGUUCACGGAAUUCAUUUAAACACCUUGAUCCUGAUCGUAUUAUUCAGUUUUCAUGGUACAUCAGUCCAUCUGCGUUCCUGUUUUGCAUGAAAACAGCACUGUUACCCACGGACUGAACUUGUAAUCUGUGCGUGAUCGGGCUCGGCCACUUUCCACGUGGAGGAGCACUCACGCAGUAUCCCCUCAUCAAACAGGUUGCUGUUUCCUUCGAGUCCUUUAUCCCCGUGUUCUUCCUCCCAUUCCUUAAGAUGCCUGCAUCUGCCAUUUAUAUCCUGGAUGUUAAGGGAAAAGUAAUGGUAUCGCGCAACUAUCGUGGCGAUAUCGAUAUGGCCAUCAUUGAGCGCUUUCUUCCCCUGCUGAUGGAGAAGGAGGAAGAGGGCAAUGUGACGCCGUUAUUGUCGACACUGGGAGUGACGUUUGCCUACAUAAAAUUCAGCAAUCUUUAUCUUGUUGCCACGACCAAAAAGAACGCCAACAUCACACAGAUAUUUGCCUUUCUCCAUAAAAUUGUUGAGGUGUUUCGUGAAUACUUUAAAGAGCUGGAAGAAGAGAGCAUCCGCGACAAUUUUGUGAUAAUAUAUGAACUGUUGGAUGAACUGAUGGAUUUUGGAUAUCCACAGACAACGGACAGUAAAAUAUUGCAGGAAUACAUCACACAGGAAGGUCAGAAACUGGAGAUUGCUCCUCGUCCUCCGAUGGCCGUGACGAAUGCGGUCUCCUGGAGAUCGGAAGGACUGAAGUACCGGAAGAACGAAGUGUUUUUAGAUGUUAUUGAAUCUGUCAAUCUUCUGGUCAAUGUCAACGGGACAGUUCUGCGCAGUGAAAUCUGCGGUGUAAUCAAAAUGCGAGUGUUUUUAUCGGGUAUGCCGGAAUUGCGGUUGGGAUUGAACGAUAAGGUGCUAUUUGAAUCUACCGGACGUGCUGGUGCGGCGGGAUCCAAAACCAAAUCCGUCGAACUGGAGGAUGUCAAGUUCCAUCAGUGCGUGCGACUGUCGCGCUUUGAAAACGACCGCACCAUUUCCUUCAUUCCACCGGAUGGCGAAUUUGAGCUGAUGUCCUACAGGCUAAGCACGCAGGUGAAACCGCUAAUUUGGAUAGAAUCUGUCAUUGAAAGGUUUUCCCAUAGUCGAGUGGAAUACAUGGUCAAGGCUAAAAGUCAGUUUAAGAGGCGGUCAACAGCCAACAAUGUGGAAAUUAUUAUCCCGGUGCCUAACGAUGCGGAUACACCGAAAUUCAAGGCCACGGUCGGACACGUGCGCUAUGUUCCGGAGGAAUCGGCAGCUAUUUGGACCGUGCGAUCGUUUCCGGGAGGAAAGGAAUUCAUCAUGAAAGCUCAUUUCAAUUUGCCCAGUGUGGAAUCCGAGGAGCAGGAAGGCAAACCGCCGAUACGCGUCAGAUUUGAAAUCCCUUAUUUUACUACAUCAGGCAUUCAGGUGCGGUAUUUGAAAAUUAUUGAGAAGAGUGGAUACCAAGCCCUUCCGUGGGUGCGUUACAUAACACAGAACGGUGAUUAUGAAAUCCGAACGAACUAAACCGGCAGCUGUAAUGUUGUUAAUUUUUUGUCAUUUUAUCCGUCGAUUUCACUAAGUUUUAUGAUAUAUUUAUAACAAAGUUUGUGACGUUACUGUGGAGUAGCUACGCGGUGUUAUCGUGAAUCCGUGAUUGCUGUUGGUGGAUUGGGAUUAAUUUUGUCGUUGCGCAUGGUGUUUUUGUGGAAGUUUUAUCGAAAUAUAGAGCUGACUUCAGUAAAAAUGAAACCCGA